UCAUCCGGUGGUGGAAACACGUAAGUUUGCUCCUGCAGUUCUCUUACCUGUAAUGUUUUUUAGACUACAUAUGCCUGUCAUUAGACUAUAUUUUUAUUGUUUUGAACAGUUACUGGUUCUUAGGAAUGCAUAUUCACCUUUAUAGGAAGUAAACAAUGUGUGUAUGGAAUAAAAGUUUACUGUGGGUCAUAUUUGGGUCUUUGGGCAAUGAGUGGUAAAUAUUUGUCUGGGUCAAAUAUGGCACACACCUCUUGUGUGAAACAAUUAUUUGUACAAUUGCACUAAUUUCAGACGAAAUGGAGCCUAGCAGAUUUUACUCCCAUACCAAAGGAGGAAGGAGUGUUAUUGCACAAGAACUGCCAUAUGAGAGUGUAGAUGAGGAUUCUAGUGAUGGUGAAGUUCUCUACCAGCCAAAUGAGGAAUCCGACACCUCAGAUGAUUCAGAAUCAGAAAAUGAUGCAACCAGUGCCAAUAGGGAUGAUCCACAGCCAUCUAAAGGGGCAGAAAAGAAAGACACAUAAUCUGGAAGAGUGUAGAGGUUGGACAAAAGAGUACGGAAGUUCCUGAGUGGAAGGGGAAAUUGCCCGACGCUACAACAAUAAAAACACCACUGGAGUAUUUCAAACAUUUCUUUGAUGACGAUCUACUGCAAAUGAUCGUUGAUGAAUCAAAUUUGUAUGCUACUCAGGAGCGAGGAAGUUCUCUAAAUCUCACAGUUGAAGAAUUAGAGCAGUUCAUUGGCACAGUAUUGUAUUCAACCAUUUUCCAUUUACCUAGAACCCGCAUGUACUGGAAGAAAUCGAGUUGGGUGCAACAAAUAGCUGAGGUGUUUUCAAGGAAUAGAUGGGAAGAGAUCAAGAAAUACAUACACUUCAAUGACAAUUCAAACAUGCCUGCACCUACAGAUGAGACAAGGGACAAGCUUUUUAAAAUAAGACCUAUAGUAGAUAAACUGCUCCACAAGUUCCAGGCCAUUCCACAACAACAAAUGUUGUGUAUCGACAGACAAAUUGUACCAUUCAAGGGAAGAUCAGGCCUAAAGCAGUAUAAUCCAAAAAAACCUAACAAAUGGGGCUACAAGAUUUUUGUACUUUGUGAUACAAAUGGCCUGGUACAUAAUUUUGAAAUAUACACAGGCAAAAUAGAGCCCGCACCCAAUGAGCCAGACUUAGGUGCAAGCUCAAAUAUUGUACUAAGACUAACCAGUAUAGUUCAAGUCAACAUGUCACACCUUCUUUUCUUUGACAAUUGGUUCUCCUCGCUUGACCUUGUGAUUGAGUUACACAAAAAGGGGAUAUACACAUUAGGAACAGUCAGACAGAAUAGACUAAAGGGCUGCAGGCUCAUUGAUGACAAAAGAAUGAAGAAACUUGGACGUGGCACCUAUGAGGAGAAAAGUGCUACUGUGGAAGGUAUAGAAGUCGAUGUUCUGAAGUGGUGUGACACUAAAUGUGUAACAUUUAUAUCAACAUAUGCUGCUGGAGAUCCGCCUGGUGUAGCAGAGAGAUGGAGCAAGAAAGAGAAACAAUUCAUUGAUGUGGCAUGUCCUAAUGUUGUGCUGGAGUACAAUAAGUUCAUGGGAGGCGUGGACCUACUAGAUGGUCUUGUGUCAUACUAUCGAACUAAGCUCAAGUCAAAGAAGUAUUACAUGAGAUUUUUCUUUCAUUUUCUGGAUAUGGUGACAGUCAAUUGUUGGCUACUCUAUAGGCGGGAUGGGAGAAGCCUUGAAAUCCCCCCUAAAAAGCAGAUGGAUUUGUUAGAUUUUAGAGCAGAAGUUGCAGAAGGUCUCCUCAAGUGCAAGAAGGAUACAACAAGAAAAAAAUCACAUAGGAGUAGCUCUGAUGUGGAGAAGAAACUCUUGGCCAAGAAAAAGAAGGGUCGUGUCGCCCCAACACCAGCAAAGGAUAUUCGGAUGGACAGUGUUGGACACUGGCCCAUCCCUUCUGAACGUCAGAGAUGCAAGCACCCCGGUUGCAAGAACAAAGCAACAAUAAAAUGUUCAAAGUGUCAAGUUCAUUUGUGCCUGAACAAGAAAAGUAACUGCUAUCUUCUGUUCCACACACAAUAAAUCCAGCGUUCGGCAAGGCUGUUAUUGUCUUAGGCAGUAGAGUUGGACAUCUUUCAGUUCUGCAUAUAAUUAUGUAUUUCAUAUUUAUUUUACUGAACUAGUUAUUUGGACAAAUGGACCAAUGGGUCAUAUUUGUCACAUACCAAAUAUUACUAUAUAGGAAUUGAAUAUUACAACUUUUAUACAUAUUAUGAUUAUUUUGGCCCAAAUAAAGAAAA